AUGCAUCUCUCUCUCUCUCACACACACACACACCACAUUCUCCCAUAUCAAGAUGUCAGAUUGUCAGAUUGUCAGAUGAUUAUUGCUUGCGAGAAUAAUGUGCGCCAUAACAACGAUGUGUGUGUGUGUGUGUGUGUGUGUGUGUGUGUGUGUGUGUGUGUGUGUGUGUGUGUCGGAGACGGGGAUCGGUCGGCGCCGCUGUGGACCGCUGGUCAUCGCGCGAUGAUGAGAGAGCCCGAUGCCCAAAGCGCCAAGCGAGGCCUGGUUCCGCUGCGGAUUGAGGGGACCACCAUUCGCACCGAAAAGGAAACAUGUCGCUUUGAUCGAGUGAUUGUACAAGAUGCAGCCACGCAGCUCAACGAGGCCGUUCUUCGCCCCUUGCAAGCCUCAUUCUUGCGAGGCUACAACACUGCUUUCUUUCUUUUGGGCGAGAGCUCUCUCAACGUUCCCGACCUCCUUGAAGGGCGUCAGGGUCUACUAAGUCAUUUUGUACAGGACUGCUUCACCCAUCUCAAUGAUGGCACGGCCUUUAAACUAUCCUUGGCCGCUACGGAGAUCCUCCAGGAAAAAGCUACCGACCUUCUAUCCCAAGACAGAAUGCCACUGCAAAUACCGGAAGGUUCUCUUCCCGAACCCGAGCUGUUCACAGGCACACAGCUUCAGCUGCGUAAUGUCAAGGAGGCAUACAAGAUCAUCGACGAAGCCAUGGCGGCGCGCUCGGCUGACAUUCAGCUGCGCGGCAAAGCCACUCUUGUUUUUACCAUCCAGCUGACCCGCGAAGAUAUUCGCUCGCAAGCCGCCUUUGUCGUACUUGCCGGCGUCGAGGCGUUGGCCGUUGAUGCGACCCGCUCACGCUUGCGUGAGCCUGCCGAUGUGACCAAGAUACGAAGCUACCCGGUGGUUCAAGAUCAGUACCAUCGCAACCUGCAACAAGCCUUGCUUCAGCAGCACCUGGCCCGUCUGGACGCCACCCCUCGUACUUUGGAUGGUGGCACGACAGACGCAAGACGAGGUGGUCAAGCACUGCCUGAUUUGGAGGGCCAACUCGCUGACGCACGCGUCGAGCUUUUUGCGUUGAAAAACGAGCAGGCCAAGCUACAGCAGCGGCUUCGCGAAUGCAAAACUACCAUCGAUGCGCUCAGGCAUGAUAAAAUGGAGCUCAAUAGCGCGCUCAUCAUUAGUGAAGAGGAACGUCUUAACGUGAGUCAGGUCCUCGUAGACAUGCAAAUUGAUGUUAAUCGCGUCAAAGAAGAGGCUGAGACACGUUUGCGGGAGGACUCGACCAAGGGCUCAAGUGAUCGCCUCGCACACGAUAAAGACCGCGCCACUCAAGAAUACACGCGCCUUAAAACCGAACUGGAAGGCCUGCGCGCCGGACAGGCAUCCGAAGCAGCCUGGGUUUUCAAACUUGAGGAACAGGCGUCUCGUAUCACGGCCAGCAAGGCGGAACUCAUCAAGGAGCGUGAUGACUAUGCACGCGAGCUACUGAGGGUUACAGGCAAACUUCCACCUUCUGCUGCAACGCCGACUGCCCAAAGCGCUCAACGCGAUAUCGUUUCGGUCCAGCAGGAACUGAAUCAGCUACAGCGCAUUAUACGGGAGCGUUAUAACCUCCAGCACCGCCAACUUCGGCGUGAGCUCGGCAAGACACGCGCGGCGGUCGAAAAGCUCCGGGGUCAGCUAGCCCGUCUCGAAGGGGCGCAUGCUGAGUCACUGCAAUCUUGUCGAGCGGCUUUGGAGCGUGUCAGCAAGUCUGACUCUUCUUUGGCCACGGAGGCUGCGGUUGAAGAAUUGCGGGCGCUGCAUCGUUCUGCUGAAGCACGGUUGCACGAUCAGCUGCGUGAGCUGCGUGAGCAACAUGAGACCCUCCAGCGUGAAUGGGAUGGACUCUCUGCUGCAUACACAGGCGUCCGUGAGGUGUGCGAGCAGGCAGGCGUCGAUCCUGGACCAGUCUUCAAACAUGAGCUGUCCUUUCUGGAUGAAAAGGACGAGUUGGCUCGCCUUCGUCGACAGGCUGCCGAACUGUCUCAGGCCUGUUUUGCGUUGAGGCAGGGUCACUUGAAAUCAAACUCGAGCAGCGCUGCCAACAAGCAUCUAGAUAAUCUGGAGCGUGAGCGAGCAACACUGCUCACGGCUAAAACCAUGGCAGAACAGCGCGCGACCAAGCUGGAGACCAUCGUCAAGAGGCUCAUGAAGGAGCGUCAAGUGUCAGGUCGAUGA